UUAUGUGAUUGUCCAACCUGAUAGAAUCUUCGAUCUAGCUGGUAAAAAAUUUAAGCUGGGAAAAUCGGAUCAGAUGGAAUUCGUAGAUGUGGCUAAAGAACUUGGUAGAAGCAUAGACUUAUCCUACUACUUUGAAAAUACUAUUACUAGACUUUGCACCCAAUUUAUAAUAUGUGAUAAAAGACAUAAGCUCCCAUCUACUGACAAAAUUAUGCAACUUACAAAUUUUAAUAAGAAGUAUAAACAAAUUAAUAUCUAUGCCCAAAAUAAGGCCAAGAAGUAG